ACAUUCUCUGUAUUUUACAUUCUCUGGUAUAACCUGUUUUUGCAAUGUUUGUUUUCACCUUGUGUUUCUUCAAUUAUUUGCUCAGAGAUCGCAAAAGAUACAUUUGUCUAUAUCUGCUUCAAGUUGUUGUUUCACUAAAAAUGUCGGCAUCUAUUCUAAAGGCAGGACCAUUUAAACACAUUACUUGCCGCAAUAAUAUAUACCCAAAAAGUACUCUGCAACGCUUUCCUGUAUCAGAUCAUCUAGUCUACUGGUCAGCUGAGUAUGUAAAUUAUUCGCCACCCGUUUAUACUGCGCCACACAUAAAUGGACAACCUUGGGCCGAUCCGGACGUCGGUUGUGCCGAAUUUCAACCCAAAUGGAAUCAGCUAGAUGGCGCUGUAAAUCGUGUUUCAUUCAACGGAAUUUACAAAAUUGAAAAUGGACUUCCCAUAAAUCCUAUUGGACGUACCGGAUUGAGCGGUCGAGGACUACUAGGGCGAUGGGGACCUAAUCACGCAGCCGAUCCGAUAGUUACUCGAUGGAAACGCAACGCUGAUGGCAACGUAUCUAUAAAUAUUGAUACACAAAAAAAAAUUUUACAAAUGGUCGCGAUACAACGCCAUGAUAAUAAAAUGUGGGCAAUACCAGGAGGGAUGGUUGAUCCUGGUGAGAAGAUUAGCGCAACUCUCAAACGCGAAUUCAUGGAAGAAGCUUUAGAUAGUUUCGAUAAUCAAAAAGUCAUUGAAGAGUUUUUCGCGAAAGGAAAUGAAAUAUAUAAAGGGUAUGUAGAUGAUUUUCGUAAUACAGACAAUGCAUGGAUGGAGACAGUUGCAUAUAAUUUUCAUGAUGAUAAUGGAGCUCAGGUGGGAAAAUUGGCUCUCUCGGCAGGUGAUGACGCCACAAACGUAAAAUGGUUGGAUAUUGAUAGCACCAUAAAAUUACAUGCAAACCAUAUUGACAUUAUUAAAGAGGUUAUAAAACGAUUAAACGCCUAUUGGUAAAAAUAAAUAUAAUAAAUCUGCUAAUGGUUUUUGUAAAUAAAAUAAUGAGUUCUAUAAUUGUAUGUACUCAUUUGUUUAAAACUUACCUCGAAACUUGGCAACACUGAGCUCAAUUGUUCCAAAAUAUUAACAAAACAGCUGUUGUCAACACAAGAUUUUGGUUGGUUAGUUUAUGGUACAAACAAAAGUUCCAUGCGUGUAAAGUUACUUCAAAACAUAUACAAAACAUUCCGUAUAAAAUUUAAUCAUAUGGCAGUUUUUACGCAGGUUUUUAAUCCUUUGACAGCGCAGAACGAAUGGGCUGAACAUAGCGAUGAUUACGAUUAUGAUAUGGAGCUAACAUGCACUGGAUUUGGAGAUAUGUUGCAUGACAAGGAGCGCAAUCAAAAGUACUUCAAAGCACUGCGAAUGGCUAUUGCUCGCAUGCAUGCUGACGGUCAUGAAGCCCAUGUGUUGGAUAUUGGAACAGGUACUGGGAUAUUGUCAAUGAUGGCAUUAACCGCCGGAGCUGAUACAGUAACCGCAUGCGAGGCAUUUAUACCUAUGGCGAAUUGCGCUGAACGCAUAUUCACGGCAAAUGGAUUUGGAAAUAAAGUGCGUUUGGUAAAGAAACGAUCGACAGAAAUGCGUAUCGGUGUUGACAUGCCGCAAAGGGCUAAUCUAUUGGUGGCCGAGUUAUUAGACACAGAGUUGAUAGGUGAAGGUGCUAUUAGUAUAUAUAACCACGCGCAUGAUGAACUCUUAACAGACGACGUUGUAUGCAUACCAUCAAAAGCGACGUGUUAUGCCCAAGUUGUACAAUCACCAUUGGCCUCACAAUGGAAUACUAUGAAAAUCGUUGCUGAUUUAGAUGGCAACAUUCUGCUUAAUCCGCCUAAAGAUGUAUUGCAAUGCAAAGGUGAUGCUGCAGUACAUGACAUACAACUCUCACAACUAAGCUUGGAACAUUUUUUGCCUCUAACAAAACCAGCAGAAAUUUUUGAAUUUGAUUUCAAUAGAAAGUCCAAAACACCGGUGCCGGUGCAACGACAACAAUUGCUUGAAAUGAUUGCCUUACAACCAGGUUCAACUGAUCUAAUAUUCUAUUGGUGGGAUAUAAGUAUGUACUCCGGGGAUAAUUUAGUGUUGAGCUGUGCUCCAUAUUGGGCCCAUCCGGACUACAAAAGCAGAAACGACGUAAUACCUUGGCGUGAUCAUUGGAUGCAAGCCAUAUAUUACAUACCAAAACCACAACAUAUUUCCAUAACUGGAGAAAAAUUUGUGUUAAGUUGUAACCACGAUGAAUAUUCACUUUGGUUUGACGUGCAUAGCUCGCAAAAGUUGGAUGAGUCUAUUUCACGACAUGCUUGUACAUGUAAUCUUCACCUCGCUUAUCCUCGCUCACGAAUUGGUCAAAUGAAUCAGUCGGUGCGUAACAAAAAGUUUCUAAACUACUUGGAGAAUAAUUUAACCAAAGACUCGCAAGUGCUGUGUCUUGGCGAUGGAUGUGUUUUGGGUUUGGCUGCAGCAAAAAUGGGUGUUACAUCAGUUGUAAUCUCCGAAAAUCACUAUUUUUCUAAACGUUUCAUGGAGUCUGUAGUGAAAAAUAAUGAUAUAGAAAAUGUGCAAUUUAUCGAAAAUAUUAAUACUUUAGCGGAGUCGAAGAUAUCUCAGUUGACCCAUAUUUUUGGAGAGCCAUACUUUUUUAAUGCUAUACUUCCAUGGGAUAAUUUUCAAUUCGGUAAUCUUUUAGAAAACAUAAUUGAGAAAUUACCACCAACAGUAAAAAUAACACCUCAUUACGCCAAAAUUUUCGCAGUUCCAGUGCAAUUUACCGACCUUCACAAAAUACGAACACCUGUGCAGCAAUGCGAAGGGUUUGACUUGAAGCUUUUUGAUCGAAUGAUUAAGGAUGCUAGGGCAAAGUUGCCUAACCAUAAAAUUGAAGCGCAACCACUUUGGGAAUAUCCCUGCAAAGCGUUGGCAAAACCUCAAGAGCUUUUAAAUGUAGAUUUCCACAAUUUUAAGAGGGAGCAGUCUACUAAUGGAGACAUCCGAACUGAAAGUGAUGGAACAUGCAACGGGAUCGCAUUAUGGGUGGAAUGGAAUAUCGAUGGAGGAUUAGGUUCUAAAUCUAUUGUAAAUACAGGCCCUGUAGAACCAAUUGAGCCAGGAAAGUUUAUUAAAUGGGAUAUGUUCGUUCGACAAGGCGUACAAUUAUUUGAGCAAGGUCAUCCUGUUAUUAACGGAAAAAGUAGCAUACGAUGGACAUUACAGCACAAACCAACAUUAAGUAAAAUUGAAUUAGAUUUUAAUGUAAAUGCUUAAUAAUAAAUUGUAAACUCGAUUGACAUA